CAGCCAGGAUGGCCUCGUCGUCGGGCAACGACGACGACCUGACCAUCCCCAGGGCUGCCAUCAACAAGAUGAUCAAAGAAACGCUCCCCAACGUCCGCGUGGCCAACGAUGCCCGGGAGCUGGUGGUCAACUGCUGCACCGAGUUCAUCCACCUCAUCUCCUCCGAGGCCAACGAGAUCUGCAACAAGUCGGAGAAGAAAACCAUCUCCCCGGAGCAUGUCAUACAAGCUCUAGAAAGUUUAGGGUUUGGCUCCUAUAUCAGUGAAGUAAAAGAAGUCUUACAAGAAUGCAAAACAGUAGCACUAAAGAGAAGAAAGGCCAGUUCACGCUUGGAGAACCUCGGCAUUCCGGAAGAAGAGCUUCUAAGGCAGCAACAGGAAUUAUUUGCAAAAGCUAGACAACAGCAAGCAGAACUGGCGCAGCAGGAAUGGCUACAGAUGCAACAAGCCGCUCAACAGGCACAGCUUGCUGCUGCCUCAGCCAGUGCAUCCAAUCAGGCAGGAUCCUCUCAGGAUGAAGAUGAUGAAGAUGAUAUCUGAAAUACACCAGCUGAGUUUGUCUUUACUAAGAAAUAUUUUUCCUGCACAAUGAAAACAGUGAAAUGAAUGCUUACCUGUAAGUUUGUAUGCAUCAUGGACUGGCAGUUGGUAUUCUAGGGGUGUCUGCUGUUGUGUGCUGUACAUGUAUAAACUGUCUUUUUUUUGAACUCUUGAAGAUUUAAGGUUCAGUAUCAUAUCAACUUUGGAUUUUUAAUGGUGUAUAUGGAAAUUUUAGAUAGCAGUGCGUCAUUUAUUUGAUCAAUAAACAGUGUUACAAGAAACAACAAGUUUAUAAAAUAUAGUGAGAUUUAUACAAGAAGCUCUAAAUCCACAUUUGCAUUUCUUCCCUUUUAACUAAACUAUAAAAUCUUACUCAGAAUUUUUAAUUGUUUUUUGGGGCAGUGGUACAGUAGACAUAAUCUGUUAAUGGGAAAAAAGCGGAGUUCAGCAUAAUAGAGUCUGAAUUCUCAGUUCUUUUUAAAUGAGGAUGUAUAUGGCAAUAAAUAUUAUAUGCUCAAAUACCACACUUGUUAAAAUUUGAAAAUGAUACAUUUUCACCAAGCUAGGAAAAAGUAUGUUUAAUAGGAGUUGUACAAAUUCAGUCAUUUUUUUGUAUAGGGGUGAAAAAACAAACCCAUGGUUUUAUUAUGGCAUCCUUUGACAGUCCUAACUGAAAAUUUCACUUCAAAGACCACCUGGUUUGAAGAGCUAGCUCUUCUACUCUUUCACUCCAACUUAAUGUUAACUGUUGUUGAUGGUAUUUUGUAGUCCAGAUCUAUUCAUAUUGUUGAAAUAUAAAGCUGGAACUUGAUGAAACAAAACUGUUUUGGUUCCACUGACGUAACUGGGAACGAUAAAGUAUUCAAGCGUAAGAAGGCAAAAGCCGAAGCUAAGAGCAUGCUUACCGUAAAAGAGGGAAUUUAUUUAACUUUGAGUAGUCAUUGUUGUCAGCAUAAUGCUAACAUUCUCCAGACUAGAUUGACACCGAAUUACUAAGAUACCUUGUUGAAAGAUAACACUUUCUUCAUUCAGAUUUGUUCAUAGGUAAGUCCAGGUUUUUGAUAAACUAUUCCCCAAGAGUGAUCAGCAAUACACGGAAGAGAAGUGAUGUUGUAGUCCUUUUGAUAGUUGAUUUGAAAAUUCUGUUGAUUAAUGGAUGAGCAGCUGUUCUUUGUGUUGAAAUAAAGCACAGUAGUGUCCAUUGCUGAGUUUUAAUGUGUUACUUGAAGUAAUACUGGCAUAUCUUCUGGUACACUAAUCUGAGCAGACUAGAAAAGCCACUUGCAUGCUGCCGUAGAUGAUCCCAUAGCUCUAACAAUGUGGGUAGUUUUAUUAACCUGUGUCCUCAGAAGGUUGCUCUAGUCUGAAUUCUUGAGGAGGGCUGCAGCAGUCUGUUUACAUACAGAUGCAAACACAAAAUGAUACGUCCAUUUUUACAUAUAAAUCUGAACAAACUACAAUUGGCGUAUAGUCAGAUCUCAGUCACUUAGUGACUUUUUGAUUUAAAUUUGAGAUACAUUAAGUUGCAUAUGGAAUAAAUGUGAACACUUCCUUAAAUGCAUUAACGUUGUGAAAACUCAGAAAGGUAUUUGUUUGAAUGUUUAAGUUUAAAAAAGAAAAACAAAGAAAAAAACCCCUGUCAUGGAUACUAUAUGAAAAAUGUUAGGCAAGGUUUGACUGAGGAAGUGGUUUUCUGUAAAGGUUUAAGUACCAAAGGUAGAAAAUCUAGUCUAGUGAUACAAUGUUAAUGUGCAGUGUUGGCUUUUCUAAUUUGUACUGUAACACCUUCACACUUUCUAUUUUAAGUGAGUCUUUUCCUUUUAAAUAAUAUUAGGUAUAUUUUCACACCUUUCUUUUCUGAUGCAGAAUUCAGGUUAACAUUUUACUGCAUCUGGUAUGUAUGGUGUAAUAUGUUUGGAUCCUUGUGACUUUUUUUCGACAUUCUUGUGCUUUUUCAUAUGCUAUAUUCUUCAAGCAAUAAAAUUCUGAUGUGUUUUUAUAAAA